CCAGAAUGCUCCGCGCGCGCGUUGCCGGUCAAUGGGCGCCUCAGCUGGGGCCGGUGUGAGGAAGAAGAGUAUCAGAAUUGGUAAGGCUUCUCAUUAAGCUUUCUUUGUGAUAAUUACAGAAUGCCUGAAGAUUUUACAGAAAAUGGGCUGUGUAUACCCUAAUGAGAUUUUGUGCAUGGAGACAUGUUGCUUGCUAUGGCGUCUGAGACUGAAAAAGCCAAUGCUCUUCUCCAGUUGUUCAGCACAGCGUCUGUUAUUUCAAGUCUAGGACUGGGGAUUUUCUGCUAUUUAGCAGAUAGACUUCUGCAAUUUCCUUUCAUUCAGCAAACUUACUGGCUGCGGGCAUUGUCCGAUAAUAUGGUGCAUGGUAUUAUAGGACUGUGGUCAUGGGCCAUAGUGAUUGGACUCAAGAAAAAAAGUGACUUUACAGAAGUAAUUUUAGCUGGCUUCCUGUCCUCCGUGAUUGAUAUGGAUCACUUUAUUCUAGCUGGCUCCUUUUCACUAAAGGCUGCCCUGACUCUCCCACAUAGACCAUUUCUUCACUGUUCUACUGUGAUUCCAGUUGUGUGUCUGAUGUUAAAGUUUGUUAUGCAUCUCCUCAAGCUGAAGGAUUCCUGGUGCUUUCUUCCUUGGAUGAUGUUCAUCUCCUGGACUUCGCACCAUGUUCGAGAUGGAAUACGCCAUGGCCUGUGGCUCUGCCCCUUUGGAAAGACUGUUCCCCUGCCUUACUGGCUUUAUGUGGCCAUCACCGCAACUUUACCUCAUCUCUGUUCUUUUCUUUUGUAUUUAACCGGAACAAGAGAACUGAUGUCAAUAAAACAUGGGAUUCAUAUUGAUGUGUAAAGGUAUUGAAGAUGGUUCUGUUCUUGAAAAUAUUUUUUUCCUGAUUAUUGAAUUAGGUCAAAGUUAAUGUUGCAUAGCCUAAUGAAAUGACGUUGAUUUCCUGCAGUCACUGCUGCACAAGGUAUUUGUGUGACUGGUAGGGGACAUUUUAUUUAUUGGUAGCUCCUUUUUUUUAGAUUUUAUUGUUAUCUGUUUUAAGUGUCUGUAAAUAGAUGCUGGUCCCAAUCAUUGUUUUUCUUGCCUGAACAUAGUGGCUAAAACCCCUUUUAAUAAAUGGAUUCUAGUUUCAGAAAGCAAACAAAAUACAUUUCCUCUGAUUCGGCAUCUGUUUAAUAUCGGGACUAAAGGGCUUACUGUAUAGAAGCUGUUACUGGAGAUUUCUAGACAGCUGACGCCCUCUGCUUCCCUUGAAAGAUGGGGAAAAAUGGAUAAAAUGCUAUCUAUCUCAGCAUUACUUAGAUGUUCUCCUGUAUCUUCUGCUUUAGGUAUUUGCCAUAGAUAUUGUCAGCUGUAUCCACCAUUUUUAAUAUAUGAACAACAUCACUGAUAAAAAGUUUAAAAUUCAACACUGUACAUUAUUUAGGAAAAUAUAACAGUAGUGACACUGCACUUUAAGAAAUGGCAAGAAAUAGGGGUCUUUGGAGUUAAUGCCAGCUCCCUAAAAAUCUAUAUUUUGGUUGGGUUGUGCAAAGUAAUCAGAAGAAAUUAUUUGCCAACAGGUAGGUAUACAAAAGAAGGGAUUAAAAAAAUAUCAUGAAAACAGUCACAUGUUUUGCAAGGCUUGUACAUCAAAAGCUACGGUAUUUCUGUGUGUCUAUAUGCAUUUACAGACAAUACUACCGUGUUUCCCUGAAAAUACGACCUACCAUGAAAGUAAAUCCUAGCUUGAUUUUUACACGUGUGGUCAAUAUAAGCCCUAUCCCCCACAAUGAGCCCUGAUUAAGACUCCACCCACUCCAGGGUGCACAGGUAAAGAUUAAGCUAGGGUGGGGGGUGGAGCUGCCCUACUACUUACCUUGGGACAGUUGCUGCCAGGCCUUGCACAGUCUGGCACCUGCCUUGCUGGCCCAUUUCUUCUGCAGCCAGCAAGGGUUUCCUGAAGGCCUCUGCAGCUGAUAAUAGAGUUCUGGAUCGAUUCUGAGCUCUGUUAUUGGCUGCAUAAGCCUUCAGGAAAGCCUUGCUGCCCGCAAGUCAGGUGAGUCUGUGGACGACACCCCCCCCCCCCCAAAAGAAGACCUGGUGCCUUUUUUGGUGCAAAAAAAUAUAUAUAAGAAAGGGUCUUAUUUUGGGAAAAACAACGUAAUAGUGAGCAAAGUGGCUGGGCAUGCAGAUACAUUUGGAGAAUAACCAGGAACAGGUUUUAAAGUGGCUGCAUCUAUAUUGCAAAAGACGCAGCUACCUUAGCAGUUUGAAGAAUGGUGCUUCAUUCAUGUUCUCAUGAAUGACACAACAUGCAAACUAUUACUGACUUUGAAUAUUUUGUACUGUCCUCCUUUAUGCCUCUAAUUUCUUAAGUACGAGUGAUAUAAGUUGGGGUAGAUGAGUGGAAUAUUAUGUAGUAACAGGCAGAAUAUUAUUUUGCCACUUGCAGAGAGGUUGUUUAACAUUCAGAACACUGGAGAGAUGUUCUCAUUUUGAAAUGAAAUGGUUUCCAUUUUAUAAAGAAUAUAAAACAGCUAAAAUGAAGAAUGUAUUGUAUUGCCUGUAACAUUCUGGUAUGAACACAAAUGCAUUUGCUUUCAGGAUUUUCACUGAAAUCAUAACAGAAUUAACAUUCCUGGAAGAGUUGGUGCCAAUUAAAAUAUUUUCUGCUUUUA